AUAUGAUAAUUACCAAAAAUCAGGAAAUUUUAUUUUAUAAUAUAAGCCUAAAGGGUUCUGGUUUGGCAUUAUUAUUGUUAUUUUAUUUGUCCUUCUUCUAGAUAUGAGUUACUGAAGCAAAAUCAACCAACCAUUUCUCAUGUCCAAAAAAUUAAAAAAUUAAAAAUAAAUACCCCGCAAAACGAGCACAGAGAACUGAUUGACUGAAAAAUCAGGCGCAUGAAAUGCAGCUUUUCAGACUCAUAGCCACACUCCCUCCAUCACUGCACUGCUCUCUUCGUUCUUCUCUCUCUCCCUCCCCCUUCAAACCCAAGUCCUUCUCUUCGUCUUCUCCUUCGCCUUCUUCUUCUUCUUCCGCCCAGUACUCAACGUGGUCUGGUCUUCAAGCAUGGAGAGAGAGCCAACUCAAUGAGGAUCGAUUUUGGGGGCCCAAUGGUCCCCAACCUCUACUUGCACGGUCACAGCCCUCGGCAAUGGAUGCGUACUAUUCUUCGGCGGUUUCCUCUGUUUCCUCUCUUGCAGAGCUGGGUGCUCUUGUUCUCUCCACCACUGACCCUCUCGCCAAGUCCAGGCUUUCCCAUCUCGCUUUCACUAAGUGGCGCUUGGAGAAUCUCCCACUUGGGGUGUGCGAACCGCCUUCUCGGCCAGCUCGCCCUCCAAAACCUGAAUUGGUGUCCCCAAAGGAAAUUCCAGCUCCCAAAAACUCGGGGUUGCCUCUUAAUGCUUAUAUGCUUCAUAAUCUUGCUCAUGUGGAGCUUAAUGCUAUAGAUUUGGCAUGGGACACUGUUGUUCGGUUUUCACCUUUUAGUAAGAUUCUUGGAGAGGGGUUUUUUGCUGACUUUGCUCAUGUUGCUGACGAUGAAAGUCGCCAUUUUGGUUGGUGUUCUCAGAGACUUGCUGAGCUUGGUUACAAAUAUGGAGAUAUGCCUGCUCAUAAUUUGCUUUGGAGGGAAUGUGAGAAAUCAUCUGAUAAUGUUGCUGCACGUUUGGCAGCGAUCCCUCUAGUCCAGGAGGCAAGAGGACUUGACGCUGGGCCCCGACUAGUGCAAAAAUUGAUUGGUUUUGGAGACCUUAGAACGUCUAAAAUUGUAGCUAGGAUUGCUGAUGAAGAAGUUGCACAUGUAGCUGUUGGUGUCUAUUGGUUUGUUAAUGUCUGUCAGAAAAUGGGUUGUGCUCCAUGCUGUACUUUUAAAGAUUUGUUAAAAGAGUACAAUGUGGAGUUGAAAGGGCCAUUCAAUUAUUCAGCUCGUGAUGAGGCUGGCAUUCCACGUGAUUGGUAUGAGUCAUAUACAGACAAACAGGAUAAAAAUGAUCAACUAUCCAUGGUCCAUAAGAGGCUGGCUUCCAUCAUUUCCUUGGAGAGUGAGAACUCUACUUUGAAGGAGCAUUCCGGAUGAUUUCCUCUGUAAUGAAUCCAGAUCAUAAGUGGUAUGCGGCAGAUCUAUGCUAGCAUGUCUCAUUGUUUGUCCAUGAAGAACUUGCAGGCCACAUGUGAGGCUGAUAGCAAGUGACAUCAACUAUGGCUCGAACUUUAAAAUGUUCUAGUCUUCCUUCUCUAACAUCUCUAUAACAGAAGAAUUGGAGCAAUAUGGGUGCUUUCUUUUUUUUCUUUUCUUUUUCUUUUUUUUCUUUGUUUAUUUGCUUUAAAUUUUAGUCUGCUAAUUAUUGUAAAUCCUGUCUAUAUAUCCUUUAUAUGAAUGCAAAAAACUUAAAAGUUUCGACCCAUAUUGGAUGAAGUGAAUUUGAGAUGAAUCUUCGAAA